AUGGAUCUUACACCGACGUAUUCUCCUACGAUUCGUCCGAUGAGAAUUCAACAACAACAAACUGUUCCUCCUUUUAUGUCGGUCAAUGACCUGACAUCUCCAUCGCCACUAUCGUCACCUGCCAUUCUGACACCGACCAAUCCUCCACUGCCACCCGUUUUUUUCCUAACUCCAAAUCUCAAUGCCACUGCCAUUCCAACCAACCAAGUUCCACCUCCUCCCAUUGUUCAUCAUCAACAUAAUCACCCACAACUUUUAAUUCAUCAACAUAAUCAUCCCCCUCCACCUCCAAUUAAUCAAAUCAUAGAUUUAAAUAAUAACAAUCAAAAUAAUAAUAUUAAUAAUAUUAAUAAUAUUAAUAAUAAUAAUAAUAACAAUAAUAAUAAUAACAAUAAUAAUAUAACUUCUCUUCCUUUAUUAAAUGUACAGGCAAAUAACAAUAAUAAUAAUAAUAAUAAUGAAUUUCUAAAUACUAAUAAUAUUAAUAAUAAUAACAAUAAUAAUCUUCUUUCUGUAAAUAACAAUACCAAUAAUAAUAAUCCCAAUAACAAUAAUAAUAAUAAUAAUAAUGUAUAUAUUCACUCUAAUACUUCACCUUCACAAACUCCAUUUACGUUUAGCGUACCUUCAACUCCAUUAGUUUUAUCGACUAAUCCAAAUCAAAUGACAACAUUACCAAAUAAUAAUAAUAAUAUCAAUAAUAACAAUAAUGCAACAUUAUUUUUAGGGAGUAAUACUCCAACAUCUGCAUCAACAACUACCACUACAACACCCAAUACAGCAGCGUCACCACCACAAAAUACACAAUCUCCAACCUCGAUCAAUGUCCUAAGAAGACUGGCAGUAUCCAACAGUGCACAAAAAGCAAUUACACUUGAAGAUGAACAAGUAGUACCAAGGGAUUCAAAUUCUCCACUCAUUUCAUCAACCAAAAAAAGAAUUAAAUUAGAAACUAAUUAA